AUACCUACAGCAGCAGACACACCUGAAACAAGAUCGACCUUCUUCACAACAUUCUAAGCUGCAACAAGGCCACAGGGAGCCAUCUUGGCAAUGUUCAAUUGGUGAUGCAAGGGCCUCAGGUAGGUGGAAUGAAACCUAUUCCCAAGCCAAUGGGAUGGAGGAUGUGCAAGAUGCUGACAACAUGUGGGAAGGAUUCCCAAAGAGGAACAAAUAUGGUGAAAUCAUUGACAGUGGUGAGAAUUGGAGCCAUGGAAGGAUGUCAAGGAGAUAUCACCACCAUGUAUACCACUCCUCUCAGGGACAUGGAGGUACAAUCUACCGGUUUGACUAGGGGUGUCUGUGGUAAUUCCCUGCCCAUGUGAAGCCUUUCAUCAAUCCAGCUUGAAAAUCCAACACAUUGUGUCCUAUGUUCAAAAUUUUUGUGAUAUGAGAACUGAUAUUUAUCUUCCUGAUGGAUAAGAACUUUCCAAUAAAGAUACCUGAGCAUGUCUGCAUGAUGCAGCAUCCAGCAAAACCUUUUCCCAGUGCUCAUACUGAAAAAUACAUUCCAUGAAAAUCACCCAUGAAUACAAAUAAUGCUUUCUUCAACUCAAUCUAGAUCAGGG